AUGAUCCGCAUUCGGAGUAUCGCUACAUUUGCCUAUAUAUGGGCUUCCCGUAUUGCAUAUUAUAAAGACGUAACAAUUGUUAUACUUGAUACAGAAGGUUUAUUAUCAUUAGAAGAGUCUGGUUCCAUUUUUGAUAAUCAAAUGAUAACAAUGGCAGUAUUAUCGUCACAUAUUGUACUUAUUAAUCACAAGGGCGAAUUAAGUUCUAAUUUGGAAGGCUUAAUUGGUAUGAGUCUAUAUGCAAAAUUACAACUUCAAAAUUCACCAUUAAAACCAAAAUUAUUAUUUGUAUUACGUGAUCAAAUGGAUCGUAAUAAAAAAAUAUUUUGUGAACAAUUAAGUCAAUUUAAAGAUAAUUUACAAACAAGUAGUCGAUUUUUAAAAGUAUCAAUUGAUGAUGAAUUAGAAAUAAAACAUGAAAAUAUUGUUUUAUUACCAAGUGCAUUUUCUGAAGAUAUAAAUUCAGAUUUAAAUAUACAACAACGUUGGCGUAAUCAAACAUUUCCAAUAAUGAUAAAUGAAUUAAGAUUAAAUAUAUUUAAUGGUUUAAAUGAACAAAUAAUAAAACAAAAUCAUGGUUAUAAAGAUUUUGAUUAUUUAUAUAAUAAAUUAACAAAUAAUUGGAAAUCUAUUGAUGAAUUAGGACAAGGUUUAUUAAUGUGUAAAACAUUACAUGAAUUAAGUACAUCAAAUGAAUUAAAAGAUAUAGCUAAAAAAAUAAUUAUUAUGAAAUCAACAACUUUAUUAAAUGAAGGUAAAUUAUUAUUAGAUGGUGAAUUAGAAAAACAAAGACAAUUAAUAAUAUCAAAUGUAACUAUAAAUAAUGCUGAUAUACAUUUAAAACAAUUUAUUCAACAAGGUAAAAGAAAUUUAGAAAAUUUAACAAUAUGUCUUGUACGUGAAGCUAAUGAUGAAUAUGAUAAUCAUACACAAAAAUCAUAUUUUAUUGAUAUGAAAGAAAGAAUAAGUAAAAAUAUAGAACCAUCAAUACGUUGUAAUCAACAAUUAUUAGAACAACGAUUUGAAGAAGAUUCAUAUACAAUAGCACAAACAAAUGCAACAAUACAUGUACAAAAACAAUUAUUAGAUAGUGCUAAACAAUAUUUUGAUAAAGAAAUAAGAAUAAAAACUAAUAUAAAUGAAUUAGAAAAUGCAUUAAAUAAAAGACAUAAUGAAUUAGUUAAAGAAUUUCAACAACGUUUAGAUUCAUUCAAAAAAUCACAGAAUGAUGUUACACAAACAAUAUUAAAUAAUUAUAAUCGUUUAGUUGAAGGAAGACGUGAUACAGCAUUGAAAACAGAUAUAUAUAAUCGUUGUCCAACAUUAGAUAUUAAUAAAUAUCAUUCUUAUUGUAAUAUCUUAAAUAUAUUAUUUGAUUACAUUCGAGCAUAUUUAUCAAUUCCAGAAAAAGAUGCAAAAAAAUCAUCUUGGUUAGAUUCCUUAUUUAAUAGUUCAAAUUCCAAUACAAAACGUCAAUGGGAAAAUUUAAGAAUAAAUUCGGAUUGGUUUGUAGAUCAUCGUGAUGAUGACAAAAAUAAAAGUAUUUUUAAAACAGUUGUGAAUAAUUUAAUUCCACAAUUAAAUCAAAAUAUAUUAAGUAUGUUAUCAACUUUAAAAUUAUCAUAUUCUGAUCCACAAACAAUAAUGUCAUUAAUUAGUCAUGUUGAUAAUGCUAUGAAUGGACAAACAUCAUGUAUACAAGAAAAUUUUAAAUAUUUAAAUAUAGUACGAAUAACAUGGGAUUUAAUUGUUAUUGCACUAAGUUUACUAAUUGAUGAAGCUAUAAAAAUAGUUGAUCUCAAACAUGAAGAAUUAAGAAAAGCAAUUAGUAAAUUAGAUAAAUGGAAACAAGAUAUAAAAGAUCAAUUUAUUGUAAUGGGAAAUUCAGCUGGACAAGGUAGAAAAUUUAGACAAGAUUUAGAAAAUCAAAUUAUGUCAGAAAUUGUUCGUAUUUAUAAACAAAAAACAAGUGAUGCAAUUGGUCUGAAUAUGUCAACAAGUACACAUAUUGAAGCAGAAAAAAUUGCACGUAGUGCAUAUGAUGAAAGUAUUGGAUCACAACCACCAAAUGGUGAUAAUAUAUUAAAAUAUGUUUAUGAUAUUAAUCGUUAUUAUCCUGAAAUAGCAUUAGAAAAAGUUCAGUUGAGUAAAGAUAAUAUAGUUAAUGAUCAAAUAAGUAAAUUAAAAAUAAUUAUGAAUGAUUGUAUUAAACAAGCUAUAAAUGUUGUCAAAAAACCAAAUCUAUGUAGAAAUGUUAAAGAAGUCUAUAUAGAAAUAGCAAAACAGUUAGAUGUAGUUUUACCCGGAUUUACAGCAUCAGAAAUGAUUGGUAUAGCGGCUGAAAUCGGUAAUCCAGAUCAAUUUAUACAAGCUUUUCAACAAAUUGAAUCCAGUCAACGUGAAAUGGAAAAACGUAUUGAUAUACUUCGAGGUGAAUUUGAAGAUGUGGCUACUGAAUCAUGUAAAACAACAAUUCGUACACGCCUUGGUUGUCAGACCUGUUGUCCAACUUGUGGAGCAAAAUGUGAUAAUCCAGAGUUAAGUCAUGAAAAUCAUAGAAGUACUGAACAUAUUGCAAUGGCAUUUAAAGGAGUGAAGCACCACAAUAUAAACACACCAACAUUGGAAUUAUGUUAUCAGAAAUUGCAAACUGGUUCUUUCAUACUUAAAAACGAAAGAUUUACCCCAAGAAUAAAAUAUUAUGAGGCUAGAGCACCAAGCUGGCUUAAUGAUUUAGACUCGAAAUUCCAAAAUGGAACACUUCGUAGUGAAUCAUAUCCACCACCUGAACAACGUCGAGCAUGGAUGGCUGUACGGAAUGCAUUGGUAGCUCAUUAUAAGAUGACAGAUCAUACUUCAUACGAUAAUAAUAUGUAUCCAUCAUCAAUACAUAGUUUGCCACCCGAAUAUAUUCCAAAAUGGAAAUAG